CGGAGAACGAAAUGUGUUGCGAGAAGUGGAACCACGUGGCUGAAAUGCUGCUCUUCAUUGAAGACCGCGAGGAGGAGUUCAAGAUCCUUUGCCUCUGCUCCCGGGCAUUUGUGGAGGAUCGAAAAUUGUACAACUUGGGAUUAAAAGGCUACUAUGUCAGAAGCAGUGGCAAUAAUGCAGGAGGCCAGGCUACAGAAGAGGAGGAAGAUGGUCAUUCCCAUGGCACCGCAGAAUCACAUAGCCCAAAUGAGAGUGAACUUGACUCAGAGGCCAAACUCAUGAGAAGCAUGGGAUUGCCAAUUCAGUUUGGUAGAGUGUCGGCUCAUGAGAAUUUUGAGGUGUCUAUGAAUACAAGAAAUAAAGUAAAGCAAAAAAGAAGAAAACAUCGAAAGAAGUGCUUAGAUGAGAUGGUGCGGGAAUCUUGGAGAAAUGACCAUGAAGAAGAUGACCUGUUAGUUUCAGAUGAUCCAUCUUCAGUUGAACACUGUGAGAACAACAGAAUAUGUGAAAUUCAAAGUAAAACAGAUACUGAAACAGACAGCCUUCCUGUUGACAAUACACUGUCACCACAGCUGGAGGUCACAGAGAAUUGGGAAAAGUAUUGGAAUGAAUAUGGAGAAGGGCUGCUGUGGCAAAGCUGGCAAGAAAAAUAUCCAGACCAGACAGUGUCUUCUGAACCUUGGAACCUUCCUGAUACAAAGGAGGAAUGGGAGCAGCAUUAUAGUCAGCUUUAUUGGUACUAUUUGGAACAAUUUCGGUAUUGGGAAGCUCAGGGCUGGACUUUCGCUGCCUCACAAAACAGUGACGUAGAUGUUUGUGCAUCUCAAGCAGAGGUUGAUGAGAAAUAUGAGAGCAGCAUGAAAGCGGAUUUAACAUCUUUUUCCUCUUCACCUAACACAGUUGAUGACGAAAGUCCUGGGUCAAAUGAUAAUCAAGACCAUAAUGAAAUUAUUACUGGAAUUAAUAAUAUAAUUCUGAGUUCAGAGGAAGUAGAACAGAGUCAGGUAGAUUGCACUGUACACUGUGACAAGCAGCUGAAUGAAAUUAGCAGUGGAAAAGAGUGCCCUGCCUCUGGAGGAAGUGACCACCGUAGUGGAGCACCCAAGGAAAGUGGAAAUGGAAGCACAGACCAAGCAGCUCAAGAGUUGCAGGAGUCUUCAGGAACAAAUACAAGUAAAGAAGGCGCACACCCCAAGAGGGCUGAUGGAAAUGAGAGUGAGGAUGACCCCCCUGAGCAUAAGCCCAGCAAAGUGAAGAGAAGCCAUGAAUUGGACAUCGAUGAAAACCCAGAUUCAGAAGUUGAUGACAGUGGUUUCCUUCUAGGAUUCAAGCAUGGCUCAGGACAAAAAUAUGGUGGAAUUCCAAGUUUCAGUCAUCGACAGGUCAGGUAUCUAGAGAAGAACGUGAAAUACAAGUCACGGUACCUGGACAUGCGCAAGCGGAUGACUGUGAAGAACAAACACAUCCUGUUCACCGAGGAGUCGGGAAAACCUCUUGUGAAGAAGAGUAAAGUGCGGAGUAAGGUGGAAAAAUUCCUAAGAUGGGUUAAUGAACCAGUAGAUGAGGAGGUAUCACAGGAGUCUCUUUCCCACAACAAAAUGCAAGACACUUGCACAAGCAGUGACUCAGAGGAACAAGACAUGUCCUUGGACAGAGCUGAUGGCCUUAUGGAGAGCAGAGAUCCAGAACCUGAAAAAUGUCAGACCGUCUCUUCAGCCAGUGAACUUGAAGCAGAAAAGAGUGAAGGAGGCUCCUUGGUAGCGACUGUUCCAGAGAAGCAGGCUUGUAUAACUGAAGAAAUAACACAUUCUCCCCACGCAGAAACAGAAGUUGAAAUAAAGAAGAAGAAAAAGAAGAAAAAGAACAAGAACAAAAAGAUAAAUGGUCUGCCACCUGAAAUAGCCUCUGUUCCAGAGCUGGCAAAAUACUGGGCCCAGAGAUACAGGCUCUUCUCUCGCUUUGAUGAUGGCAUCAAGUUGGACAAAGAGGGCUGGUUUUCAGUUACCCCUGAGAAGAUUGCUGAGCACAUUGCAGGCCGUGUCAGCCAGUCCUUCAAAUGUGACAUUGUGGUAGACGCUUUCUGUGGAGUUGGAGGAAACACCAUCCAGUUUGCCUUAACAGGGAAAAGAGUGAUUGCCAUUGAUAUCGACCCCGUUAAGAUUGAUCUUGCUCGGAAUAAUGCUGAAGUUUAUGGGAUAGCAGAUAAGAUAGAGUUUAUCUGUGGAGAUUUCCUGCUGUUGGCUCCGUGCUUAAAGGCUGAUGUUGUGUUCCUAAGCCCACCUUGGGGGGGCCCAGAUUAUGCUACUGCCGAGAUCUUCGACAUUAGGACAAUGAUGUCUCCUGAUGGCUUUGAAAUUUUCAAGCUUUCCCAGAAGAUCACUAAUAAUAUUGUUUAUUUUCUUCCGAGAAAUGCUGAUAUUGACCAGGUGGCGUCAUUGGCUGGGCCUGGAGGGCAAGUGGAAAUAGAACAGAACUUUCUUAACAACAAAUUAAAGACAAUCACUGCAUAUUUUGGUGACCUGAUCAGAAGACCAGCCUCUGAGGCAGAAGUGUGAUGCUGCAAAACACAUAUGGAUCAUGUGGAGUAAGAAUGGCAUUCAAGUGAGACACUGGGAAGGUCUUCCUAGAUACUAUGUGCACAUGUGGUGUGGAAACCUCUGUGGGUUUUAAAGAAUGCUAAUGAAGUGAUUUGAGAUCUUUGGGUAAUGUUAACUGAGCUGUGUUCUGUACUUUAAAACAAUAAGCAUCAGGGCAAGGUGGUGUCACUUGGGAAGUGAAGGCACAAAGAUCAUGAAUUCAAGGUCAACCUGUGGUUCAUAACAAUUCAAGGCCAGCCUGAGUUACAUGAGACCUUGCCCCCCUGGAAAAAAAAUCAAGUCUAGCCAUGUCCCUGUGCUUAAAUUAAGUGCAUAUGUGUAUAUAUGUAUGUUUUUAUUGCAUCUUUGUGUGCAAAUAAUUAUUGCUUUGUUUUAAACUGCAAAGAAAAAGCAGUUCUGCCUACACAUUUAACCUUUAUUGAAAUAAUAUUACCAAUUUAAUGCUAAAACAGGAAAAGUAAAACUCCUGUCACCUUACCUACCUUUUAUUCAACUAUCUAAAGAUAAUCACAGUUAACAGUGUUUUGUUUUUUACGUUUUUAUUACAUUUUUAUUUUGUCUGUGUGUCUAGAGGUCAGAGAACAACUUACAGGAGUCUGUUCUCUGCUUCCACCGUGUGGGCUGGGAAUCAAAUUU